AUGCCACUGUUCUCGAAGAAGCCAGGUCCACCCCUUGCCGAAGGCCUUAAACCAGCAUAUGACGCUUUCCAAAUCCCCGUAGCCGAACUCCGCUGGGGACAAAACGGUCUCGCAUGGAGACUCCGGCGCUGCAUCACCAUGGAGACACACUUUUACGACAUCGGCAGCCGUAACCCUGAGGCGUUUGAAAAGCUCAAGGAGGAGGAGUACUCUGUCAACGGCGACGGCCACCCCGACGAAGCCAUUGAGCGCAUAUACUUGAACAUGCACGUCCCGAUCUAUGAACGCCUGAUUUCCCUCCUAGAACAUCUCUCCAACGAAAUUGGCGUCUGGAAGUUUGGCGGUGAAGCGGAGGAGAAGUUUGCGAGGCAUGGGUGGUUGCAGGAUAUGAAGCAGAGGGUCCGGGAGAAGAAGGCUAUGGAGUUGUUGAGUGAUAUGGCGGAGAAUCUGGAAGAGGGCGAUGACCAGGACGACGAAGAGGAAGAAAUGCAGGCGUUGAAAACUGCGGUGCAAGAGUGGAAUUUGCUUGAUUAA